AUUUGCAGGAUUACAGCAGCAGAGUGGAUAAUGCAAACAAACAAAUAAGAAACAUAAGUAGAAAACAAGAUCAAAACAAAUACAAUAAAUAAGUAAUCACACCAAAUAAACAGCAAUAAUUAAAUAAUUUUACGUGUUUUUAUUUUACUCUUAUUGCUAUGUUUGGUUAAAGCAUCUGAACGUCUCUUCCACCACAUUUUGGGAUCAUUCAACCUCUCCAGUGCCAUCAGUACACCAGUACAUGUCACAGUGGCGCCACCCAGUGGCCAGCAUGUGUUGGUGCAGAGGCGGGAGGCGCUGCAAACAGCCGGUAGGAGAGGUCAUCACCGUAUUCACCACGGUUCACCACGGGACCGGAGACAGACGGCUGUCCUCUCCCCGUGCCCGAUAAACAGGCUGUACCCAUACUUAAAAAAACAAAAACAUGCACAGGCCAGUCGUGGCGUUGACCCUCCGGUAACAUCUCUAAAAUGCUCCAUGCGUGCUGCUCUGUGCUAGAAGAUGGCGGAGUCGGAUGGCGGAGACUUUGCUUCGAAACAUCCACAGAGCAGUAUGGCUAACAAGAAUAGCACCCUGCGCUGUACAUUCUCCGCCUCGAGCCACAGUGCCACCCUCCUCCAGGGCUUGUCGGUCUUGCGAGCUCAGGGCCAACUACUUGACGUUGUGCUCGCCAUCAAUGAGGAGCGCUUCCAGGUCCACAAAGCUGUUCUGGCUGCCUGUAGUGAUUAUUUCAGAGCAAUGUUUACCGGAGGCAUGAGGGAGUCGAAUCAAGAUACCAUUGAGCUGAAGGGUCUGUCCGCCCGCGGGCUGAAACACAUCAUUGACUUUGCCUACAGUGCUGAGGUCACUUUAGACCUGGACUGUAUUCAGGAUGUCCUCGGGGCAGCUGUGUUUCUCCAGAUGGUCCCAGUCGUGGGGCUCUGUGAGGAGUUCCUCAAGUCAGCCAUGAGCGUGGAGACCUGCCUGCACAUCGGCCAGAUGGCCACCACCUUCAGCCUGUCUUCCCUCAAAGAGUCGGUGGAUGCCUUCACCUUCCGCCACUUCCUCCAGAUUGCGGAGGAGGAGGACUUCCUGCACAUUCCCAUGGAGCGCCUCGUCUUCUUUCUGCAGAGCAACAAACUGAAGAACUGUAGCGAAAUCGACCUCUUCCACGCUGCCAUCAGGUGGCUCCGGUAUGACGAGUCUCGCCGGGCCCAAGCCAGCGGUGUCCUCUGCCACGUGCGCUUCCCGCUCAUGCGCUCCUCUGAGCUGGUGGACAGCGUCCAGACGGUGGACAUCAUGGUGGAGGACGUGCUGUGCCGCCAGUAUCUCCUCGAGGCCUUCAAUUACCAGAUUCUUCCCUUCCGACAGCACGAGAUGCAGUCUUCGCGGACGGUCAUUCGUUCUGACGUCUUGUCAGUCAUCACCUUUGGCGGGACGCCCUACACCGACAACGACCGCACAGUGAGCACCAAGGUGUACCACCUCCCUGACAUGGCGUCCCGUCAGUUCAAAGAGCUGACGGAGAUGGAGACGGGAUGCAGCCACGCCUGUGUUGCCGUUCUUGAUAACUUUGUGUACGUGGUUGGCGGACAGCACUUACAGUACCGCAGCGGCGAGGGGGCGGUAGACAGCUGUUAUCGCUACGACCCGCACCUGAGCCAGUGGCUGCGCAUCCCGCCUCUGCAGGAGGCUCGCAUCCAGUUCCAGCUCAACGUGCUGCGCGGACAGCUGUACGCCACUGGAGGGCGCAACCGGUCUGGCAGCCUGUCGUCCGUAGAGUGUUACUGCCCAAAGAAGAACGAGUGGACUAAUGUGGAACCCUUAAAACGCAGGAUCUGGGGUCACGCAGGGACCCCCUGUGGAGAAAAGCUGUAUGUCUCCGGGGGUUAUGGCGUCUCGUUGGACGACAAGAAAACUCUUCACUGCUACGACCUGGCGUCAGACCAGUGGGACUUCAGAGCCCCCAUGAAUGAACCCAGAGUGCUGCACGCCAUGAUCAGCACCAGGGAUCGGGUGUAUGCUCUGGGCGGCCGCAUGGACCAUGUGGACCGUUGUUUUGAUGUGCUUGCAGUCGAGUAUUACAUUCCAGAGAGCGACCAGUGGACCACCGUCAGUCCCAUGAGAGCCGGGCAGUCUGAGGCCGGCUGCUGUUUACUGGACAGGAAGAUCUACAUCGUCGGGGGCUACAACUGGCACCUGAACAACGUCACAAGCAUCGUGCAGGUGUACAACACAGAGACAGACGAGUGGGAGAGGGAUUUACACUUCCCAGAAUCCUUUGCUGGAAUCGCCUGUACACCGAUUAUUAUUCCAUAGAACACCACACAACGCUAACCGUCUGACCUGUGACUGUGGAGAUUUUAUUCCUCGUGCUCUUUCUGCUGAGUCAACACAAGGUGUGAACACUAUGUAAGCUACUGUGUGUGUGUGUGUGUGUGUGUGUGUGUGUGUGUGUGUGUGUGUGUGUGUGUGUGUGUGUGUGUUAGUUAAUUUGAGGGAAUGACCUGAAAGGCUACUAAUCAGCAUUACUCAGAAUGGUGUAUUAUUUUCUAUACUUGUCUUGUUUUUGCCUCAAUGUGUUUAAUCAACAGACAGACUGUCCUUAAUGAAGCAAGUUUUGAUCUUAAUGUUGAGACACUUUUAUGAUAUCGAUACAAGCUUUUGAAUGACAAUUUGAAAGGAGCGUUGUGAAGUUAACGUUAAGAGUAAUUUCACGUUUAGCUACUAUGAUUUAUUGAUUGGUAAAGUUAUCUCCAGAUGACCUGUGAAGAUACAAGAAAUCUCCCGGAAUAGAAUUUUCUGAAUUUUUUUACACUUCUUAGGUGCAAAAUAAUCACAAGUCAGUCUGUAAAAGUGUUAUAGUUUUACUACUCAAGGGCUGAAGUUACAGACCGCACAAAUUGUGUCAUUUUUGAACAAAGUUGAAGUGUUUCUGCAAAGGUUAUUAACAGACGCCACCUUCAUGAUGUUAGACAUUUUGAUUGUACAGUGGUGAAUGUUUCAUUAUUUGUCUGCUUCUUUUUAUGUUGUAAUAUUCUGUUUGUUAGAAUUUAAUUCAAAGAUGACUGAAAAUCUCACUCUUUUAUGUCUCCUCAAAUGUAGUUAUCAACGAAUCACAAUGCACAGUAAUGAUUGCACAAAUGAACACGAGUAGUGUUUGUGUUUUAGUGUAUCCCAUGUGGGUGUUUAAUUGUUUUUUUUGUUUUUUUAUAGUUACUGCCCUUGUGUUCCCUGAGCUGAAACCCCUCACUGACAUACUAAUUGUUCUCUCAGUCAAACCGGUGUGGACCUCUUAAGGCAGCUACAUAAAUCAUUCAUGAGUGUGUUUCAGUUGUAAUAUCAGUGUCUGCUGCUCUUUAUGUUAAACAAGUGCUAAAUCUUGUGUACCACAUGCUUUUUUCCCUUGACUAACGCAAUAAGGGGGCACAGGUAAAAUGUAUUAAUCCAGAUUUAAUAUCUAAACUAUUCUCCAAAAAUCUAAUUUCCCCAGAAAAGCUACCUAAACUAUCCAUUUGCCGUGUUUCAUUCUGGCUUGUGUUUUUAUUUUUGACUGCAUUGCUGCACUUUUAUUUGUCAGACAUCUGAUUCUGCUGCUGAAGUUACCGAUAUACUUAACGUGUUAAAAGGAAGACGCAAGGUUGAAGUUCUUCCUAUUAAAUGUCAUCAUCUACAUGAUUGUUUCCAUUUUAAAAGGGUUUCUCCUGUUGCCUUAGUGUGUAUUUGUCCUGUGUUACCUGUAAAAGCACAUGAUAUUGUUUCAGUGCAAUAUAAAUGAAACUGCUCUAUUCAAAGAGGAAUGUAGACAUUUGUAAAUCCUUAU